AGACAAUUAUUACAUGUAAGAUGUGUAGAUAAAGAUAAAACUGGAAACUACUGUGAAAAUGAUUACACAAUUAUUAUUUUCCGAAGCUGUGAAUAUUUUCCCACGGCUAUAAAUCAUGCGAGAGACAUAUCAGUGGUGUUGAUACGGAUUUACAAUAAAGUGUAUGGACUUUCAAAAUAAUGAUGUGGGCGUUCGGCCCUACAAUAGCACCGAAACAAACAAAUAUUGCGAGAGUUUGUGGGAAGCCCGCAUAGUGCGCCGACGAUGGCAGUGCGGUGCGCAGCCCGCAGCAGCCGACGCGAGGGGAGCCCGCAGCGCUCGCGGCCCGCGGUGCCCGGGGGUGUGGCUGCGCGGCGCUACCAUUGGUGUCCCGCCGAGCUCGCGCCGCUGUCGUAAGCGCCCGCUCCACGUACUCAAAUCUGUCUCCUACGGCGGCACGCUACGACCCACAAUUGCACUCGCACUCGCGCUCUCGUCUCUCUCGGACGCGCUACUCAUUGGCUCAAAACCUACAUCGAGCGACGUAUUAUGGUAAUAUAAAUUGACCAACCGUAGAGCAAAUUCGGUUAGUUCGUUAAAGUUGAUUAAAGCCAUUUAACCGGGACGGACACGAGGAUACGAACGGCGCGAGCGUUCGUCGAUCCCGGGGGUUUGGUUAAAUGAAGUCAAAUUGUUUAAUAUCGGAGUAGAUAAAUCUGAGUGUCGCGUUCGGUCGGUGGAGCGAGCUGCGCCGCGACGGAGCCGAGCGAGGUGCGCGCCGAGGUAGCGGGCCCGCCGCCGCCCGCCGCCGACGGCUACAUGUACGUGUGCGAGGGCGCCGGAGCCGGCUCGCGCUACGAGUGCUUCGAGCCCGGCCACCACAUGGAGCAGCCGCCCUUCGACGACCACAUGUUCGCCGAGUUCCCCAAGGAGCGUCAGGUGCAGGUGGUGGUGGGCGAGAUCGGCGAGCUGUACCGCGACGAGCUGCCUGUGUUCGCGCCCGCCGCCGACCACAAGCGCAAGGAGGAGCCCAUGCUGCUGCAGGCCGUGGAGUCCAGCCCCGUGCCGCACGCGCCGCCGCCGCCGCCCCCGCCAGCUUCCAAGAAGAGUGACAAGAAGAAGAGCGACAACAACGGAAUCAAGAAAAAGAAAACGAGGACCACUUUCACGGCAUAUCAGCUUGAGGAGCUAGAGCGAGCGUUCGAGCGCGCGCCGUAUCCUGACGUGUUCGCACGAGAAGAGCUGGCUCUUAAACUUAACUUGUCUGAAUCACGAGUACAGGUUUGGUUCCAAAACCGAAGAGCAAAAUGGCGUAAAAGAGAGCCUCCACGCAAAACAGGGUACAUCGGUUCCAGUUCACCGAGCUCUACGACGUUAGGCGGCGGAUUCUCCGGCAUCGGCGGCAACUUGCCCGCCUUCCCGCAGAACGGCCUGCCCGCACCGGCCGACUCCUGGUCGUACCAGCACUCCUACGAACUAUCCUCGCAUCAUUUGUUGUCGUCUAGUAGUGGCGGAUACCCGGGCUUCAAUGCCCAACCAGCUCCAUACUCGUAUACGACCGUCCUCAACGGGCACGACGGGCAGAUGUUCGCGCCGCGGCACUCAUACGAGUACGGGGAAGGCAGUCCGCCGCCGCUGGGCGUGCGCGACUACCCGAUGAUGGCGGCGCACUCGCCGCAGAUGGAGCCGCACGCGCACGACGAGAAGCUGGAGUACCGGGCGCACGAGCACGAGGACAAGUACUCGGCGUGCGCGCUGCAGGACGAGCCGCGGUACGCCGCGCCGCCCGAGGACUACGACAAGUGCGCGCUCGUGUCGCACGACAAGCACUACGAGAUGGAGCGCCACUCCGACCUCACACAACCCGUCGUCGUCAAGAUGGAGCCCAGCACCGGACAGGCAUACACCACGCUGCCUCCUUUUUUGAAUUGAAAUACUCCUUUUCGAAAUUAUCCUAGCGUUAGUUAGCGAGUGUAAUUUCGAAAGGGAGUAUUAGCAAGUAUCUCAAGUAGCAGAUAAGUAGAUAUGAACGUAUAUAAAUAUAUCUUCUGUUUUGUUCUCAUUUUUUUAAAUUAGUGCAUGUUAUCUACAUUUUAUAUGAAUUAAUUCACUGAAUAUACCUAUAUCAAUUCAGGAAUGAGUUCAUAUAAAGUAGAAAAAUAAUAUUAUUAGACUAGGUAUUGAUUCAUAAAUUCCACGUAAUUGGUAUGCCAAAGUAGUUUAAUUUUUGUAUUUUUGUAGUUAUAAAAUUUUGCUGCGUUUUAAAGUUAUCUGUCGCAAUAACUGUAAAUAAUGUUUUAAUUUAAUAUUAAUAUUAGAUGUAAACAAAUGUGCCUCUUUACAGUUAAUUUUGUUUGUAGGUUUUGUGUAAUUUAUAAGCUACGAAUAGUGUGUACCAUCCGUUAGGGUGCUAGUGAGGGGAUCUUCUAUGGAAUAACUACUGCUCGCAUAUACGUCGCUUUGAAGGCCGUGGUUCGAUCUCAUUAGCAACUUUACGGGUAGUCUCUAUUCAUUGAGUAAAGUACUCGUAGACUUCGCUUCUCGUGCAUUCCUUGUGCCUUAUCUUGAUAAUGCUCGUUAUCAAUAUUGUUCCACCAAUAUGAUAUUACAUAUAUGAUACAGCAUCCUUUGUACGUAUAAGUUAGAUAAGUCCUCGUAUAAAUUCUAUUUUUUCCAAAAGAAGAAAUAAUUUAGAUAGUAGUGUGUAAAUAUAUUUUGAAAACGUGAACAGUUCGUGCCAAAAAUUAAGUAGGAAAACCCAGAAAAUGGGUCAGCAUCCAAUAGGUGCUUAUACUUUAGACAUCGACAAUUAGAUAUUAGAUUAGUAAUAAUUCUCAUUUUUAUUUAUUUUAUUAAAAAUAUAUAUUUAAUUCUUUGUUUCCCAAUCUGCAGUCUUCUGAAUCAGAGACGUCGUUAUUUAGAAUUCGCAUAGGUAUUUCUAAGAAAUUCACAUUUUAUAAUCAUGUGAUUCUCGUACAAGUGUCUGUUUUGUGGUGAAUGCUUUAAUUAAUAUCUUCUUAGGAAUAAUCAGCAACGAAAUAUCAACAUAAAAAUACUAAUAGUUUAUUGUAUCUAAAUCAAGAUAUACAUACAUGAACGAAGCUCGUUACAUUAAAUGUGCACAUUUUGAGACAAAUAAAAAAUAAUAAUUAAAAAGCAUAACUAUUGUUGCUGAACAUACCUACGUUUUGUUGCAACUAGCUUUUAAAUUUUAGAUACUAUUUUAUGUAUGAAUAGCCAGGUUAUAUUUGUAGGAUAUACCUGAGUAAAUAAAUUAUAAAUCAAUUAAGACAUAAGAGAAAACAGAAGGGGAUAAUAUUAUGUUUCAUUCCCAUUUAUCGAAUCAGAAGGUAGAUAUCAAGAUAUCAAGAAGAUAGAUCAAAAUUUUGAAAAAUAUGCAAAAUAAGAACAGCAAGAAAUGAUGCUUAUGUCUGGACGGGGUUGAAGGCUCUUUUGUUGAGUUAGAUAUCUUUUAGAAAUAAAAUUGUCUACUGCGCAACUAAACCGCCAACUUCAAGUUUGUUAUAAUAAGAUACGUCAUCUUUUCAAUAGGUUUGUAGGAAUAAGAUGCAAAAUCUAUUAAGGGACCAAUGUAAUAUAAUUCAUUUGAAAGACAGGUCUGCUAACAACGAAUAUUUAGCAGGGUAACUAUAAAACUAAUUAGAAAAAUAAUUAAGUAAGAGUUAUUUCCCAUUCGUGUGUUUACUUUAAUAAAGCAUUUAUAUUAAGUUAAUGUUAAGUUAAAAGAGCAAUAAGCUGGAUAUUUUGUAAUAUUUAAUUGUAAGGAAGACGAGAAAUUAUAAUACAAAUGUGCUUAAA